AUGGCCGAGGACGCGAACGGAUCACAGAGACCCAAGUCUCUUCAGAGCACCAAGACGCCUGAGCCGCGGGUCGACCAACCGGCAACCAACGGCCACGACAACAUCUCGCCAGGCACGCCCGGUCCUUUUCCUGAUUUCGACUGGGAAGACUUUGAGGCCCGCUACGAGAAGGCGCUCGCUGACGCUGAUGAGAAAGAGCGAGAGCUGUUGGAGCAGUUUGAGGGCCUUGUCAAGUACUUCAAUAUCUGGGCUUCAACUUCCAGCGCCCAUGACAAUGAGCGUGCAGUCAAGCGCCUACACACAAGACAGAGAUACGUCAACAUGCAAGAGCAGAAUAUGGCUCAAAAGCAGGAGCACAUGAGGGAGGUUCUGCGGGCAUUUCAGAGUGCACUUGCCCUGCUGAGCCGGAACUAA